AAAAAAAAAAAAUGGCUGCUGUAGACGAAAUAAAACGUCUUGAAUAUUUAUCUUUGGUGUCAAAGGUGUGCACGGAGUUGGAGAAUCAUCUGGGAAUAAGCGAAAAAGACUUGGCUGAAUUUAUCAUCAGCCUCGCCGAAAAGCACCCCACGUUUGAGGAAUUUAAAGCUGUUCUAUCAGAAAAUGGAGCAGAUUUCACAGAUACCCUCAGUGGUAAUUUACUUACACUUAUUCAUACUAUGCGCCCCUCACCAUCCACAAGUAAAGCACUUCAACCAGUGGUCAGGCCAAAGAGUGAGAAGGACAAGCUGAAAGAGAAAUACCCUGCUUUAUGUAAACCUGAUGAUCCUGUGUGGAUGAUUCCCCCUCCUCACAAAGAUAAAGGUGAUGAGCAGGUUGCCGCAGCAGCCAUGAAGGAGCUGGAGAUGCUUAUGGCUAAGGAUUGUGGGAAAAGCUUUGACAACAGGAAUUUGCACAGUGACAGAGGUCGAGAUGCAGACGGAGAAAGUGGACGUAAGCGAAGCCGGUCUCGCUCCAGAUCACGAGAUCGUGAUGAAGAAACAAACCACAAGCGGAGAAGGAAACGGGCGUCUCGCUGGAGUGACCGUCCACCGAGCCCGGGCAGGGAGAACGACGACAGCAGCAACCAGGAGGACCGCUGGCGUGAUAGACCUUUGCAUCAGCCUCAGCAAGACGAGCCUGUUGUGGGUGACAUCUACAACGGCAAAAUCAGCAGCAUUAUGCAGUUUGGUUGUUUUGUGCAGCUAGAGGGCCUCAGAAAACGCUGGGAGGGUCUGGUGCACAUCUCAGAGUUGCGCAAAGAAGGACGUAUAGCAGAUGUGGCUGAUGUGGUCGCCAAAGGCCAAAAGGUGAAGGUCAAAAUGCUGUUGCUCACCGGAACCAAGGCCAGCCUUAGCAUGAAGGACGUUGACCAGGAGACAGGGGAGGACCUGAACCCCAACCGAAGAAGAAACCUGAACACUGGAGUUGGAGACGAAAUCACGAGGAACCCUGACCCCCCCACUGAAGCCAGCAUGCUGGAGAUAGGUGAAAAUCCAACAGAGCACAAACGGCUCACCAAGAUAACAGACCUUGAAAAAUGGGAAAUUAAACAGAUGAUUGCAGCCAAUGUACUUCCCAAAGAAGAGUUCCCAGAAUUUGACGAGGAGACGGGAAUCCUUCCCAAAAUGGAUGAUGAUGAAGACGAAGAAAUAGAGAUUGAUCUGGUUGAAGAGGCACCACCAUUCCUGAGGGGACAGACUAAAUGGAGCAUGAACAUGAGCCCAGUCAAAAUAGUGAAGAACCCAGACGGCUCCCUCUCCCAGGCCGCCAUGAUGCAGAGCGCUCUCGCUAAGGAGAGGCGAGAGCUGAAGCAGGCGGCUCGGGCAGCAGAGAUGGACUCCAUCCCCACUGGCCUCAACAAGCACUGGAUAGACCCAAUGCCUGACUAUGAAGGAAGGCAGAUCGCUGCCAACAUGAGAGGCAUCGGUGCUAUGCCUAUUGAUCUUCCAGAGUGGAAAAGGUAUGCCUUAGGAGGGAACCAGGUAUCUUAUGGCAAGAAGACAGAGCUUUCCAUCCUGCAGCAGAGAGAGAGUUUGCCCAUUUUCAAGCUCAAGGAACAGCUCACUCAGGCUGUCCAUGAUAAUCAGAUCCUGAUUGUAGUCGGAGAAACUGGGUCUGGUAAGACCACACAGAUCACUCAGUACCUGGCAGAGGCAGGCUACACCUCUCGAGGGAAGAUCGGCUGUACGCAGCCUCGUCGCGUAGCCGCCAUGUCAGUGGCCAAGAGGGUCUCUGAGGAGUAUGGUUGCCGUCUAGGCCAAGAGGUGGGGUACACCAUUCGUUUUGAGGACUGCACCAGUACGGAGACAGUAAUCAAGUACAUGACCCACGGUAUGCUGCAGAGGGAGUGUCUGGUGGACCCGGACAUGAGCCAGUAUUCCCUCGUUAUGCUAGAUGAGGCCCAUGAGAGAACAAUCCACACCGACGUGCUAUUUGGCCUGCUCAAGAAGACAAUACAGAAACGCAAAGACAUGAAGCUGAUAGUGUCCUCUGCUACACUGGACGCUGUCAAAUUCUCCCAGUAUUUCUUCGAAGCUCCCAUCUUCACCAUUCCAGGAAGAACCUUCCCGGUGGAGAUUCUCUACACCAAAGAGCCUGAGACGGACUACCUGGAUGCCAGUCUCAUCACUGUCAUGCAGAUGCAUUUAACUGAGCCCCCAGGAGACAUCCUGGUGUUUCUGACUGGACAGGAAGAGAUCGACACCGCCUGUGAGAUCCUGUAUGAGCGAAUGAAGACACUGGGGCCUGGUGUUCCUGAACUGAUUAUUCUGCCAGUGUAUUCAGCCCUGCCCAGUGAGAUGCAGACCAGGAUCUUUGAUCCUGCACCCCCAGGCAGCAGAAAGGUCAUCAUUGCCACAAAUAUCGCUGAGACGUCCCUGACUAUCGACGGAGUCUACUAUGUGGUGGAUCCUGGUUUUGUCAAGCAGAUCGUGUAUAAUUCCAAGACCGGCAUUGACCAGCUUGUGGUGACUCCCAUAUCCCAGGCCCAGGCCAAGCAGAGGGCAGGUCGAGCCGGCAGAACGGGCCCAGGGAAGUGUUACAGGCUCUACACUGAGAGAGCCUACAGAGAUGAGAUGCUGACCACCAACGUGCCUGAGAUCCAGAGAACCAACUUGGCCAGCACUGUGCUGUCUCUGAAGGCCAUGGGUAUUAAUGACCUUCUGGCAUUUGACUUCAUGGAUGCUCCUCCCAUGGAAACUCUGAUCACAGCCAUGGAGCAGCUCUACACUCUGGGAGCUCUAGAUGAUGAAGGAUUACUCACGCGGCUGGGAAGAAGGAUGGCGGAGUUCCCUCUGGAGCCCAUGCUGUGUAAGAUGUUGAUCAUGUCCGUCCAUCUGGGCUGCAGUGAAGAGAUGCUCACCGUCGUCUCCAUGCUGUCUGUACAGAACAUCUUUUACAGACCGAAGGACAAACAGGCCCAGGCUGACCAGAAAAAGACCAAGUUCUUCCAGCCGGAGGGAGACCACCUUACACUUCUGGCUGUCUACAACUCCUGGAAGAACAACAAGUUCUCCAACCCCUGGUGUUUUGAGAACUUCAUUCAGGCUCGCUCCUUAAAGAGAGCUCAGGACAUCCGCAAGCAGAUGUUGAGCAUCAUGGACAGACACAAGUUGGACGUGGUGUCUUGUGGAAAGGGCACCAUGCGGGUCCAGAAAGCUAUUUGCAGCGGCUUCUUCAGGAACGCAGCCAGGAAGGACCCUAAGGAUGGCUACCGUACCCUGAUUGACCAGCAGGUGGUGUACCUUCACCCCUCCAGCACUCUGUUCAACCGCCAACCAGACUGGCUUGUGUACCAUGAGCUGGUAUUGACCACCAAGGAGUACAUGCGGGAGGUGACCACCAUCGACCCCCGCUGGCUGGUGGAGUUCGCCCCGGCCUUCUUCAGAGUCGCCGACCCCAGGCGCCUCAGUAGGCAGAAGAGGCAGCAGAAACUGGAACCUCUCUACGAUCGUUACAAAGAGCCCGACGCCUGGAGGAUCUCCCGCGCCUUCCGGCGGCGCUGAAGAUGCGUCGGGAUUAUACCAGGUGGACAAACCAUGCAGUGCAUACUGAGCCAGCUAAUGGCUGAAAAAGACACUUUGGUUUCAUUUUUUUAAUUUAGCUAUGCCUAAGCUAAGCCUUCUACCAGACAAAUGGUAAUUAAACCUUAUUUAAUCGUCUUUUAGGAAUGUUUUUCACAAUAUUUAAGAUUGCUUAUCUCAAUUAAGUAAUCCUUAAUUUAGCCAUGUUAGCUAUGUCGUUACCACUUCAGCAACAUUUCCUUUGGUCAAAGUUUCCUAUAUUGAAUUUUCUUUAUGAAAUAUUUAAUAUAUAGCUGAUUUUUUUUUUUUUUAAUUUGUUCAUUAUUGUUAACAUUUGCAAUCAUCGAUGGUGGUUAUGCGUGAUUGCAGAUAAACACUGGAUGCACUUCUGUCUGCUGCUGUGCCAUAUUUAUCCAAUGUCUUGUUUGCUUGGAUACUGCGAAAUAUUUGGCCAAAGCGUGCGCAAGAUGUUAAGGCCAAAUACUGUUUCGAU